AUGAGUAUAAAGCAGUGGGUUGCAAGUUCACCAUUAAUUGAUGUUGUGGAUGCCGACUUACAAGUGACAGAAUCAGAAGAUCGUGAUUUUGCGAACAAAGGAAGCCAACAGAUGGAAAUAUUUUAUGGGGACAUGAGUUUGAGGCAAUGGAUUGCAAAUUCACUUCCACAUAACCUUUCGGCUAGACCAAAAAUGGAGGACUACGAGAUGAGUUCGGAGAUAUUGAGGAUGGAAUCCAACUGCCUUGUAUACAAAGCCACGCACAAAGAGACCGGGGAGUUGGUUGCCAUGAGAAAGGUGACGGCGGACGACGGCGUCGCACCUCCCGCUCUCGUCCGCGAGCUGUUGGUCGCGGCGAAGUUUAGAAAAUCGGCUUACGUCGUCAACUUCCGUCAAGCACUCCGCGUCCUCGAGGACAACAAGGUUGUUUACUACGUUGUAUACGAGCUCCUAGACACCACCGAUCUCCACAGCUUCAUCGCAGCCAAACCCUUACCGUCCGACGUGGUCAAGAAAGUUCUGUUCCUGCUCCUCCAGUGCGUCCACGAGUGUCAUUCUAACGGCGUCCGCCACCGGAACCUAAACCCUAAUAAUGUGCUGGUAGACGAGAAACGAGGGAGUCUUAAAAUCGGGGCUGAUAUCGGUCAGUCGUACUCUUUCUUUGGCGAGGCUUCUGCUUCCAUUCCCGACGGGACUGUCAGUCUCCGUUACCAGGCUCCGGAGGCUUUGCUCCGAUCAACCAGGUGCAGGGCUGCGGUUGACAUGUGGGCAGUCGGCUGCAUCUUCGCUGAAAUGGUGACUGGGGAUGUUCUGUUUGUCGGGUGUGGUGGUGAUCCUAAAAAUACUGAUAAGGAGCAAUUGCGUGAGAUUUUCAGGCAGUUGGGAAAACCAACAGAGUAUGAGUGGCGAGGGGUCACUGCUCUGCCGGGUUGGGAACCCUACGAAGAAUGGGAAGGAAAGAAGAUGAAAGCUCGUUGCUAUAUGGCAGGAGAUUUGCCAAAAGAUUUGCUAGUAGGUGCAGUUCUUCUGGAACAAGAUGGAGCUGAUCUUCUUUCGAAAAUGCUUACAUAUGAUCCAGCUCAAAGAAUCACAACUAAAGCAGCAAUGGAGCACCCCUACUUCGGCGCAAUGGAGGUGUUGGAAUUGUUGUUAGAGAUGCUACUGGCUCCUUUCAGCUCCCAGGGAGUACCUUCACUCACUUGUACCGGGAUGGAAACUUUGCUGGCCCUGCAACGUGUUCUUUAG